AUAGAUAAAUAAAUAAAUAUACAUGUUGUUAAUUAAUGUCCUUUUGGCUUUUUCUGUCCUCAAAUAUAUAAGUUUUGACAUGUAAUUAAAUGAACAUUACAAAAAUUUAAGGUAAGGGAACAAUGUAUCAACAUUGGUCAAGAAUGUUUGGAACUCAAUGGGAAUCUUAUAUGGGAAUUAACAACCUAGUUAAGGUUGUUGAAUCAGAACAGGUGAAUUUUGAGCCAAUCAAAUCAUCACCCUGCAACAACAUUGUCACUACUACUAAUCUUCAAACACCACAUGUUAGCUUUCAAGCUACUGAAGAAUAUUAUGAUGAAGAUCAAAUUGAAGUUCCUGAUUGGUCAUGUUUUGAGUUUCCAAAGAUAACAGAUCCUCCAAUGUUGAUUUGUCAAACCUCUGGAGAUAACUUCAAUUCUGAUCAGAUCACAAAUUCUUUGUAUUCUGUUGAUGAAUCUUUGUUGUCUAAUAGUUCAGAUAGUCAUUGUUCUGAAGAAGAGUAUAGUAAUUUUCAGUCUGGUAAUAAUAUAACAUUUUAUGACCAUUUUCCACAUAAACAUGAUGAAUUACUGAGGAGUGAUGCUUCUAAAGAUGAAAGGCCCCUUGAAAUUUCCUUUCAGAGAUCUAAGUCUUGGCGUGGCUCAUGUACAAAGUCAGAAAAGCAGAGUCCUCAACUUUAUGGAAUUGCUUGUGUCACUUCUAGCAACUCUAGCACUAGGAAAGUUCAUAAAUCUAAAAGAAGAGUAAGAUGGACCAAAGAACUGCAUGAACCAUUCAUGAUGAUUGUUAAUCACCUUGGUGGUCCAGAAAGGGCAAAGCCUAAGGCUAUACUAGAUAUGAUGAACUCAGAUUUACUAUCCAUUUCUCAUAUUAAAAGUCAUUUGCAGAAAUGUAGGUCUACAACACGCUUUCAUAAACCUUUGCAAGAAAAAUCUGAGGAAGGACAUAGAAUAGAUGGAGUCACAGAGCUUCAACACAAAAUCAGCCAAAUGCAAAUAGAGGAAUCAAGACAAUUGCAAAUAGAGAUUCGAAAGAGUAUUUCCCAACAACUAAAGAUGCAGAGAAAUUUGCAAACACUAAUUGAACAAGAGAGAAAGAAGCUGAAACUAAUGUUAGAUAUUCAACGAAAAAGAUAGAACUACUACGAACCAAAGAAAAUAUCGUUGACACAAAAGGAAGUGACAAUUUCCAGAAGAUCCAAGAUCAUCAACUUUUCAUGUGUAAAAGAAAAAAAGUGCGCAGAAUGAUAGAAAUUCUUUAUCAGAAAUGUUAGCUUUGAAACAAAGGUGAAGCAAAAGAAGAAGAAGAUGCAUCAUAUAAUGUGGUGAACAAGUGUGUUUAUCUUUUGACAAGCAAUUAAGCCUAUAAGUUUAAUGGCUAUAUUUCAAAAUGUAAUCAUGUCUACAUUCAAAAAUAAAUGAAUGACUGCAUUCAAAA